UCGUCCACAAUAAUGUCAGUAUACGCCUGUGGUACUGUUACAUUGGUCCUACGUUCAGUCUUUGUCUCAAUCUAUAAAUGGCUUCCCUUUAUUAUGUAAAACAUGUUAAUAACCUCCACCAUUUCUUUCUCAAGCGUUUGAGAAUUCUUCUAGAAAAGGCAGUUUCUUGAGCUGAGUUGAGGUAGAAUAGUUAUGGAGGAUAAGUGCAGAGAGCCACUUUUGAAGAAGAAAUACUAUGAAAAUUGCUCAGGGUGUAAGGUUGAGCAGCUUAAAUUGAUAAAAAGAGGACUGCCAAUUCGGGAACUUGUUUCUAUAUGGAUUAUUGUGCUUGGUACUGCACUGCCAAUAUCAUCUCUAUUUCCCUUCCUUUAUUUCAUGAUUAGAGAUUUUCAUAUUGCAAAAACAGAGGAAGAUAUUGGGUACUAUGCUGGCUAUGUGGGUUCCUCAUUUAUGCUUGGCAGAGCUUUGACAUCUGUUUUCUGGGGAAUUAUAGCAGACCGUUAUGGCCGAAAACCUGUUAUAAUAUUCGGAACAGUCACAGUGGUUAUUUUCAACACUCUCUUUGGACUUAGUGUGAAUUUUUGGAUGGCCAUUUCUACAAGGUUUCUUCUUGGAAGUUUGAAUGGUUUACUUGGACCAAUAAAGGCAUACGCCACUGAAAUUUUUCGUGACGAACACCAAGCUUUAGGACUGUCAACUGUUAGUACUGCUUGGGGCAUUGGAUUGAUUAUUGGCCCGGCUCUGGGUGGUUUUCUGGCUCAGCCAGCUGAGAAAUACCCAGAUUUAUUUUCCAAAGACUCUCUGUUUGGGAAAUUUCCUUACUUCCUGCCCUGCCUGUGUACCUCAAUUUUUGCUUUUGGGGUGACAAUUGUUACUUUCUGGCUGCCGGAGACACUUCACAUGCACCAUGAAGAUAAUGAGUCAUGUGAAUAUGAUGCUCUGGAAUCAGCAGAUCUUAAACAAAUUGAAGGAAGCAGUAAACCUUCUAAGAAAAGCCUUCUGAAGAAUUGGCCCUUAAUGUCUUCCAUUAUAGUUUACUGUGUUUUCUCACUGCAUGACAUGGCUUACACUGAGAUAUUUUCACUGUGGGCGGUCAGCCCCCGGAGCCAUGGAGGUCUAAGUUAUUCAACCGAAGAUGUUGGAGAAGUUCUUGCAAUCUCAGGUUUUGGCCUUCUUGUCUUUCAACUCUCUCUAUAUCCAAUGGUGGAAAGAAUUAUUGGGCCAGUAAUGAUAGCACGCAUCGGAGGGAUUUUAUCCAUACCUCUUUUAACAAGUUACAGUUGCAUAGCAUUGUUAUCAGGAUUCAGCCUCGCCUUGCUGAUAAAUUUUGCUUCGAUGAUGAAGAAUGUUUUAUCAGUAUCCAUUGUUACAGGAUUGUUCCUUCUGCAAAACAGAGCAGUGGAUCAGGAUCAAAGAGGAGCUGCCAAUGGAAUUGCCAUGACUGCCAUGUCUUUUUUCAAGGCAGCUGGUCCAGCCGGAGGAGGUACAAUAUUUUCUUGGGCACAAAAGCGUCAAGAUACAGUCUUCCUCCCUGGUGACCAAAUGGUAUUCUUCAUAUUGAAUGUUGUUGAGCUAAUUGGAUUACUAAUGACAUUCAAACCUUUUCUAGUUCCUUACCAAGAGUAAGAAACUAGAAAAAUCUAUUAGAAUGUAUUCAUUUCUUCGGCAGUUGAUUGAUGGAUUCGAUUCGAUAUGAUAUGAUAUUGAAGCAUGGUAUCUGUUUAGUGGGAUUCUAUGAUAUUACCAAAACGAGAAUGCUUAUACUAACAGGUUAGAGGCAAUGUUUUUUAUGGCUAUUUUAGGUGACGGUGAACUUGCUGAGACCUUGUGCUUAUUCUUAUUGCCUUUUUACAACUGUGUUCAUAUUAAUUUGCAUGUAUGGCAAUUCAGCCUUUUAUUAAGACA